UAUGGUAACAUGCGUCUAUGAUACGUCACUAAUGCGGAAGUGUUCCGGUGAGCACAGCGGUGUGAGGAGCCCGGAAGGUGAUGGGUUUGCUCCUGCAGCUCAUUGCGGGUUUAGCGCUUCUCUUGCUGGUGUUAGUAGUCAGGAUAUGGUUGGUGCUGAGGAGCCCGGACGCACACCGAGCUGCCAGGAAAGGCCAUGCGAGCCUGCUGGUGGUGGCGGGUUCUGGUGGUCACACUACUGAAAUCCUGAGAUUACUAAACAGUUUGUCCACAUCAUAUUCGCCAAUUCACUAUGUACUUGCUGAUACGGAUAAGAUGAGUGAAGACAAAAUUCACUCUUUUGAAAGUGCCAAAGUCAAUGGGAUCCCCAAGUCACUGUACACCAUCCACCACAUUCCCAGAAGCCGAGAAGUCAGACAGUCCUGGAGUUCCUCUGUCGUAACCACCAUACAGUCCUUCCUAUACUCCUUUCCAUUAACUGUCCGUCUGAAGCCAGACUUGAUCUUAUGUAAUGGCCCAGGCACAUGUAUUCCUGUGUGCUUCUCUGCUCUUCUGCUGGGGAUCUUGGGAAUAAAGAAGGUCGUCGUUGUCUAUGUGGAAAGUCUCUGUCGAGUGGAAUCCCUCUCCUUAUCUGGGAAACUUUUGUAUUACAUUGCAGACUAUUUUAUUGUCCAGUGGCCUCUUCUAAAGGACAAGUACCCAAAAUCCAUGUAUCUGGGAAGAAUAGUUUAAUACAAAAAAUGUGCUGUGCACAUGACAUCACUGUAUACUCUGCAGAGUAACUUUUAUUUCAAUUACUGUAUGUUCUGGAUUAAAGUUUCAUGUUGUGCAGUAUUGUCUGACAAUGUUUCUCUCUGCCUGGUUGUUGGAGAUUUCCUAUAAACCGCUAUAAUUCCAUGGUGGACACAGGUCAGAGGAAUGGGCUAUCCAGGCCCAAAUGUGCUUCAUGCAAGAACACCUGUGAAAAGAUAGCAUGGAAAGGCCACCGCUUUUUAUUAGGCUUCAAACGUUUACCUGUCUUUUUAUUAAGAAAAAAAAAAACUAUAUGUAAAAUACACCAGCCAAUUACAGAUUUUCAUUUUUUGGCUACUGUAAAGUCUGGAACUCUGCCAUGAGCAGUUUUCUUUACACUACUGUAUUAUUCACAUCAAGCAAUAUUGUCUGCAGUAUGAUUAAAAUGCUUAAAAGUC